UGAAUCAGCCUACGUCGUCUCUCUUCCAGAACCUCACAAUCAUCAGUGUCUGAAGUUUCAUGAUGAAUAUUGGUUUCACAUUUUAUUGCUUACGUGAGGAAAUAUCAAUUUGGAACUCGAAUUUGUAUUUGAGUUAUGAUGAGGAGUGAGGUAGAUUCGCAUUGUUGAAGAAAGCGAAGAAAAAGGAUGCUGCUAUGGCUUGCUUGUGGCUCUUUCUUCUAUUGGCUAGUCUCAGGCAUGAUAGUUUCAAUUUCUUUUGGAAAGCAAGUGCGGCUCAGUCAUAAGUGUUAGUAAUAGCAUGAAGUAAGUUGUCGGUAGCCGGCAUUAGGUAAAAGGAAAAGCUUCUCAAAAGCAUCCUGAAAUAUCAUAGAAUGGUGAUCGAGAUCACCUUCACGGGAAUCAUCCUUUGCAAAUUGGGGGAAGGGAACCAAUCAAGUCACCAAGAAGUUCCCGAAACUUGGUUUAGUAUUAAGGUUCUUCUCUUCCAGCGUUUACUAUUCAAGUUCUUCUCUUCCAGCCCCCUGGCCCCUCUCUGAUAAGGAAAGUUUUCAAAACGAAAAGAAAAUGACAAAUCUGGUUCGAUGGCUCUUCUCCACUACUCGCUUUACUACUUUCUAUUUUUUCUUAUGUAUUAAGUUUCCCUUAAUAUAUAAUUUUAUAUUACUUUCGAUUUGUAUAUUUUUAUUCCUUUGGCGUUUUAUAUUAAUAGUAAUAGCCGUUUUCAAUCUUUUUUGUUCGUGCUUCGUCGGCUCCUCCUUUCUGAUCACUCUCCCGCCGGAGAUUCAAGACCCCCAGGCUCUAGCUCAUUUAGCAGGGCUAAACUUCUAUCUGAGUCUUUACGAGCAGGAUCCGGGAUGGGUUACGUUCAUUCAGAACGAGCUGUUUCACAAUACCCCCCUGGAAGACAUACCUGGGCGGCUUAAGCUCUUCCUAAUGGAAGAAAAGCUCUCUUCUAUGCGACAAGAUGUCAUUCAGGAAUUUGUGGCGCUUUAUCAAAGAGUAGGGCCUUAUCUACCGAUCGAGCCCUACUUGGUCGAUGAAGCGCUUCGUUCCUAUCUUUUCCAUAUUCACGCAACUGAUUCUUUCACUGUUCUCCAAGCGUCUUAUCAAGAUCUGCGGGAGAAUGAGGGAGGAUCAGUUUUCUUUGAAAAUGCUGUUUCCCACAACCGGGAUUUCCUUGAGGCGGAAAGCUCCGCAAGGAGGUGCCUGGAAGUGGAACAGAGGAUCCGGUGGGAAGAAAUCCCCAAGAGCAAGGCAAGUCUCGAAAAGGCGGAGCACGAGCAUGCUCUCGACUUGUUUAAGUCGGAGGAUCUUAGAAGGGAAUUAGAAAAAAAAAGAGCGGGGUAGCUCAGUAAUUCUGAUUCUUUUCUCUUCCAGCGUUUACUAUUCUCUUUCUUCUCUUCCAGCCCCCCGGCCCCUCUUUGAUAAGGAAAGUUUUCAUUUCUAAAAAACAGCAAAUGACAAAUCUGGUUCGAUGGCUCUUCUCUACUAACCACAAGGAUAUUGGGACUCUCUAUUUCAUCUUCGGUGCCAUUGCAGGAGUGAUGGGCACAUGCUUCUCCGUACUGAUUCGUAUGGAAUUAGCCCGACCCGGCGAUCAAAUUCUUGGUGGGAAUCAUCAACUUUAUAAUGUUUUAAUAACGGCUCACGCUUUUUUAAUGAUCUUUUUUAUGGUUAUGCCGGCGAUGAUAGGUGGAUUUGGUAAUUGGUUUGUUCCGAUUCUGAUAGGUGCACCUGACAUGGCAUUUCCACGAUUAAAUAAUAUAUCAUUCUGGUUGUUGCCACCAAGUCUCUUGCUCCUAUUAAGCUCAGCCUUAGUAGAAGUGGGCAGCGGCACUGGGUGGACAGUCUAUCCGCCCUUAAGUGGUAUUACCAGCCAUUCUGGAGGAGCAGUUGAUUUAGCAAUUUUUAGUCUUCAUCUAUCAGGUAUUUCAUCAAUUUUAGGUUCUAUCAAUUUUAUAACAACUAUCUUCAACAUGCGUGGACCUGGAAUGACUAUGCAUAGAUUACCACUUUUUGUGUGGUCCGUUCUAGUGACAGCAUUCCUACUUUUAUUAUCACUUCCGGUACUGGCGGGGGCAAUUACAAUGUUAUUAACCGAUCGAAACUUUAAUACAACCUUUUUUGAUCCUGCAGGAGGGGGAGACCCAAUAUUAUACCAGCAUCUCUUUUGGUUCUUCGGUCAUCCAGAGGUGUAUAUUCUCAUUCUGCCUGGAUUUGGUAUUAUUAGUCAUAUCGUAUCGACCUUUUCAAGAAAACCGGUCUUCGGGUAUCUAGGCAUGGUUUAUGCCAUGAUAAGUAUAGGUGUUCUUGGAUUUCUAGUUUGGGCUCAUCAUAUGUUUACUGUGGGCUUAGACGUUGAUACGCGUGCCUACUUCACCGCAGCUACCAUGAUCAUAGCUGUGCCCACAGGAAUCAAAAUCUUUAGUUGGAUCGCUACCAUGUGGGGAGGUUCGAUACAAUACAAAACACCCAUGUUAUUUGCUGUAGGGUUCAUCUUUUUGUUCACCAUAGGAGGGCUCACUGGAAUAGUUCUAGCAAACUCUGGGCUAGACAUUGCUCUACAUGAUACUUAUUAUGUGGUUGCACAUUUCCAUUAUGUACUUUCUAUGGGAGCCGUUUUUGCUUUAUUUGCUGGAUUUUACUAUUGGGUGGGUAAAAUCUUUGGUCGGACAUAUCCUGAAACUUUAGGCCAAAUCCAUUUUUGGAUCACUUUUUUCGGGGUUAAUCUGACCUUCUUUCCCAUGCAUUUCUUAGGGCUUUCGGGUAUGCCGCGUCGUAUUCCAGAUUAUCCAGAUGCUUACGCCGGAUGGAAUGCUCUGAGCAGUUUCGGUUCUUAUAUAUCCGUAGUUGGGAUUCGUCGUUUCUUCGUAGUUGUCGCAAUCACUUCAAGCAGUGGAAAGAACAAAAAAUGUGCGGAAAGUCCUUGGGCUGUUGAACAGAAUCCAACCACACUAGAAUGGUUGGUACAAAGCCCUCCCGCCUUUCAUACUUUUGGAGAACUUCCUGCGGUAAAAGAGACAAAAAACCUCUCCUAACUAUGAAGGAAGUUUCAUAGAGAUAGGUGUGGGGACGGGGACAACAAUUGCUUUAGCUGUUUUUUCAACUAAAGCGGGGCUUCUUUCUAAGCCUAAUCCCUUCACUUUGGAAACAUAAGCAGUUUUUGUGUAGUGAUCUCUGUUCAUGGAGAUCACGAGGCCACUGAUACCCUAUGUGGAUAGGUGGGAUAGAAGAGUGGGAAAGCGGGCUUCUAUCACAUAGU